CAGUGUGGGUGCUGGGAACUGAACUCAGGGCCUCUGAAGAGCAGCGAGUGUGCCUAACUGCUGAGCCCCUGCUGCAGCCCCUUACGGGGAUGUCUUAGGGACUGAGUACAGAUCUCUGUGCUGCGUGGGCUUCUCCUCCCUCUUGUAAACACGUCUGGGAUGUUUCAGGACUUAGUGACCUUCGAAGAUGUGACCGUGGACUUCACUCCGGACGAGUGGGCUCUGCUGGAUACUUCGCAGAAGAACCUGUACAGGGAAGUCGUCGGGGAAAUCUUCACGAACUUGGCCUCUGUGGGGGAAAGAUGGGACCAGAAUAUUGAAGACUGGUACAGAAGUCAGGGGAGAAUCUUAAGUAAUCAUAUUGUGGAGAGACUCCGUGACAGCAAACGAGGUUGCCGUGGUGAGGAGACCUUCAGUCAGAUUCUUGACCAUGAUCUGAAAAGGACAAGUGCUGCUGGAGCUUGUAGUGUGUGUGGAAUAGCCUUCGUGCCUCAUUCGUCCAGGAAGCCCAUCGGUGCUCGUGCUCGACGGGUAGUACAUGAUUACAAAUGUAAGCAGUGUGAGACAGCCUUUUGUCGUUACCCUUUCCAAGCCAAUGACCGGACUCCCAGUGGAGACAAACCCUCGGAGUGUCAGGGGCACGAGGAAGCCCUCCUUUCUUUUACUAGCCUCGGGGAAUUCGUUGUAACUCGGACCGAAGGUGGACCCCAUAAAUGUAACGUGUGUGGAAAAGGUUUGCACUAUCCCAGCUCACUUAGAAUCCAUGAAAGGAUUCACACAGGAGAGAAGCCUUAUCAGUGUGAACAGUGUGGAAAAGCCUUCAGUUGUUGGGGCUCAGUUCGAAGACAUCAGAGGACUCACACUGGCGAGAAACCCUACACGUGUAAAGAGUGUGGGAAAGCCUUCGGUUCUCUCUCAGGCCUUAAAGGACAUAUGAUCAGGCACACUGGAGGUGGACCUUACAAAUGUCAGGAGUGUGGAAAAGUCUUUAACUCGCCCAGUGCACUUGGCAAACACGAAAGAACUCACACGGGAGAGAGACCUUUUUUGUGUAAAUACUGUGGGAAGGCUUUCAUUUGUUCAACCUCAGUUCGAAAACAUGAAAGGACGCACACUGGAGAGAAACCCUAUGAGUGUAAGCGAUGUGGGAAAGCCUUCAUUUCUAACUCAGGCCUUCAAGGACAUAUGAUCAGGCACACUGGUGUUGGGCCUUAUAAAUGUAAAUUUUGUGGGAAAGCCUUUGGCUCCCCCAGUGCGGUUCUAAGGCAUGAAAGCGCUCAUGUUGUAUAGGGUUUCUGUGACUAGACUGUGGGAAAGCCUUCACUCUGAGGACACGUAAGGUCCUGAGAA